CUUUUGAACGACUUUGUCGAUUGUCGAGAAAGCCACAACGACGACACCUGCAUACGCGGCGGCAACCGCAUGUAUUUUAAUUUUGAACACUUUGACGACUUGACACGACAGUGCACCCAAUGGACGCAAGCGAAGUCGGCAUAUUCGGCACUCUCCGCCUCAUGAAGCGGCUCGAGCCUGACAAGGUCGUGGCCUCAUAUCCCAUCGAUGAUGAGGAAAUCACGUUUGGAAGGGACCCAACAUGUAGCAUCAGGCUAUACUAUGAAAGUGUGAGCGGGCUUCACUGCAAGAUGAUCUUUCGGGAACGCAAGGCAUUCUUGGUUGUCUUAGGUGUUAACGGUAUCAUUGUUGACGCAUGUCCUGUAUUCCCCGCCACCGAUUCCUCUAGUGGGCCCGUUACCGUCCCUCUUCCAAAUAACUCGAGUAUCGAAAUCCACAAGAAACGCUUCCAGUUCUCCUAUCCCCCCAAGGAGCUGCGCGAGACCCUUAUCAACACUCCAGCGAAACAGAGCGACUCAAAUGUUGACCGUCGCCGCAGACGUCGCACCUUGCGGAUGUCCAUGAUUCAGAGUGCGCAGGUCUUCACGCCGCGCCCGAGCCACGACCCGCGCGAGAACCUACGCAUCCUGAAGACGCCAAUCAAGUCGCCAUUCACAGAAUCCUAUUCUCCUGCAAAGCGUAGAGUGAGCUCACCCUUGAAACGAGGCGCAUACAUCCCCGAGGAAAUUGAAGAGGAAGAGGAGGACGAAAACAUCGUGCUCGUGGAGAGCAACCACCCACGAGUUGUCGAGGAGGAUCGUGACCUCGUCAUCCUAGAACACGUUGUCGUUCGCGAACCAGAGCCUGAACCCGAACCCGAGCAAUCACAGCAGCAAACUGCGCAAUACCCUAUCCCUCCGUCAGCCCAGCCGUCGCCACAAGCCAUGCAGACACCAAUUCGCCAGCCCCGCUCAUCUCUCCAUCGUGCUGUACUUUUGCGAUCCGCGCACCGGACGGCCUUGCGGCGCGAGAUGGAGAUGGAGGACGAGAAGGAGGCCGAAGAGGUAGAGGAGAUCUUUGAGAGGGUCGAGCAGAUGCAAGAUCUGCGUGCUGAAGACGACGAAGACGACGAAAACAACGAGGCGCAAGAGGAGCAGGAACAACAAGAGCAACAGCAGGAGACUUCGCGAACGGUCUCGGGAUGGCGAAAGAGUUUGGAUAUUGAAGGCAACGAGGAAGAUCAUGAGCAGGAGCAGACCGUGCCGGAGGCUGAGUUCGCAGAAGGUGAAGAACCUGAAGAAACUCCCGCCUCGGAGCCAGAUGACGAACAAGCUGAGUAUGAAGAGUAUGAAGAGGAAUACCAGCAGGAGGUUCAUGAAGACGAUGAAGAUACUAUCGAGGUUGAAGAGGAAGAAGAGUCCCAGUAUGAACCUCCCAUGCCGCCUCCUGCCAUGCCUAGCCGCGGGCCCUUCGCUGUCCCGCAGAAACCUCUAGGCAAGUUUAUGACACCCCAGGCACCGCGUCAAAUUGACUUCGGUGGUAUGAAGAGCAAGUCUCGCAGCCAUGUCCGUUACUCAGUUGGCGGGUUCACAACUGGAGGAAUUUACGGUACUGGUACCGUGCCAUCGACUCCUGGCUCCUCUCAUGGCUUCUCGGGCCCAAGACGUGUGCGUGUCGUUGAGCCAUGGAAAGUCGAUGAGAUCACUGUGCCGCUCAAUGAUGCAGAGGAGCAGAAGGAGGAGACUCAGCAGAGUGAGACAAGUGCCCCUGGGUGGCCUGCCACGCCUCGACGUAAUGUGCCGCUGUCCCCGUCAAAGAGAGAGAGGUUGUCCGAGGAGGAGCGCAAGGCAAUUAUCCAAAGACGGAAAUCUCUUCUUACAGAGCCAGACUUCUUUGGCGGACAAACACCUGGUCGUCGUCUGUCACUCCAUCCACCUCUGUCCCCCAUGAAGUCCCCAACAAAAGCACUCGCCUCUUUCGACGAGUCGCUAGACCCCUCUUCCUCUACUUCGAACAACACAUCCGGGGCCCUUGAAGAAGGCAACAGGGAAGACACCUCGAUAUUGCUCGCACGCAUGAAGCACAUGGUUGAAGACGCGAAGCGACGGCAGAGCGUGGGCCCGCGGGCGUCGCUCGCGAGCCGCACGCUGCCGAUGCCACGCAAGAGUAGCGGUGGCUUCUCUCUACUCGCGCCCGAGACAGAUAGCACACCCGUCAGGCAGAUCUUCGUCGAGGAUGCCCGCAGCGAUGAGGACGGAGAGCACGAUGAGGAAGAGGACGUGAGCGACAAGGAGAACGGGGGAGCCGCGCCACCGGUGCACACGCAGACGCAGGAGCUCAGCGAAGAGGAGCACGACCAAGACGUGCACAUGGCUUCUGGAGACAAGAAUGUGCAUCCUGAGGAGCAGCCGCGGUUCAAGGCGCCCUACCCAAAGGCAGCCAUAGAGACUCCGCGCAUGGACGGCCUCAAGCACAUGUUUGGUGCUUCUCGCACAGAGGUAGCGACUCCCUCUCUCCGAGGCGUCCGCGAGAUGUUCAAGAAGCCGGCGCAGAGUGCGGUGCUGGAGACUCCAGGGCUGAAGGGUGCGCGACAGAUGUUUGCUCGCGCUGAGGGCAUUGCUGCUGCAGGCUCCUCCCGACUUAGAGGCAUGCGUCAGGAAGUCCCGUCGACGCCUGUAUUCGAGGGCGUUAGUGAGAUGCUGCAGACGCCUUCUGGAUACGGGGCGACAGCUCAGACCGAAUCGGAGCCUGAGCAGGAGGACGAGAUCGAGCAGGGUGUUGAAGCACACGACGAGCAGCACGAAGGAGAGGAAGAGGAAACACCUAUUGCUAAACCUCGUUCAAGGAAAUCCCCCUCAAAGCAAAAGACCCCAAUUACACGUCGCACCUCUCCUCGGAACGCCCCUCCACCUGGACCGACCAUCGAAGAGCCCAGCCUGCCCGCAGUGGACGAGGAAGAGGCCGGGCCCGCCCCAACCAAGCGUGGCAGCCGCACGACCCGCGGCAAGGCCCCCGAGAACGACGCCGAGCCAGAGAUAGAGUCGGCGGCGGCACGGCCGCGGCGCACACGCAAGACGACGGCGUCGCCCGCACCGGGGGAGGAGGAGCCGGGGACGGCGCCCCGGACGCGGCGCGCGCGCACGAAGACGCCGACGCCGCAGCCCGAAGACGCGCGUGCGACCGCGACGCGGAGCCGGCGGCGCGCGCGCACGCCCAUCGCCGAGGCGGACGAGGAAGAGGCAGACGCGAACACGCCCCCCGACUCUGUCCCUCGUGCGCCCUCGCCGGAGGUGCCGCCGCCUCCCGAGGCGGCCCCGGCAAGAUCGGAGAGCAAGGUCCGCCGCGCCCCGAGGAGCAGGUUCGUGCUCGAGGUGAAGGAAGAGGAGGAGGAAGAGGACGUCCCUACGCUGCCCGCGAAGCGUGCGGAACCGGGACCUGCUGCGCGGGGCUCGGGCGUCCCGCGCGCCGUGCGCGGGCGGCGGCCUGCUGGUGCGGCGGCGGCGACGGCGGCGAGCCUCGCACGGACCUCGAGCAUCCCGCGGAGCGCCCCCGCCGCGGGGCGAGGCACGAAGGCGACAGCGACGGCGCCGACGUCGACACUGCUGCGCCGGCCUGCGACGGUGCCGUCCGCGAAGCAGGGCGCCGUCGCCGAGUCUGCGGCCGCUGCGCGGAACAAGGAGAACACGCCGAGUGGCGACGACGAAGAGCCGGAGAGGCCGGCUGCACGGACGGCGUCGAAGAUCGCGCGGGUCGGGACGAGGACGGUCGCGGGAAGGACGCGCGCGGCGUCGGUUGACCAGCCGGAGAAGCCUGGUGAGGUCGGGAAGAGCAGGGUGAGCAGGUCGAAGGGCGCGGCGACACGGAAGUGAGCGCGAGGGCGGGGGGCUGCGUUUCUAGGUUUUUUUUUUUUGUAUGUCCGCGCUAUGUUUACUCGUUUGGUAGUUGAUGAAGUCGCGAUGGUUACAACCGUUGUCGAA